AUGGCCAGCAAACAAAAUACAAAUGCUUUGAGAAUCUCGCCUCCACUAAUAAACUCAGCCAAUCCCUGGGCAACAAAUAAAUCCGACCUCCUCGCCCUUUACAGCUGUCCUCACACCGGUGCAGUUACGGUCAGAACUUCGCUUUUGAAUCCGUUUCCACACAACUCACAACUACACCAAUAUACUUUCUUUGAUCCUAAAUCCAAUUCCACCAGCGCCUCAAUUUCCGAGGGCCGGAGUAACGUCAUUCCAGGCGAGACGAAUAGCCUAAACACACUCGGUUACUCUCCUAUAUCUUUAGACUCAUACCUGGAAAUUCUUCUUGAGCUUGCGCAAGAUAAAAACCUUCAGCAGCUUACUUCAAAACCAUGGAUCAUUUCCGUAACCGGUUCAGCUGAAGAGGUUGGUAAAUGCUAUGAGCAUAUUUUGCGCCAACAUGGAAAAGCCAAUUUGAAUCUUAUGAUGGAAAUCAAUCUUUCAUGCCCUAACAUUGUAGGAAAACCACCUCCUGCAUAUAAUGGGGAAGCAAUGGCUUCGUACAUUAAAGUCAUAAAAAGUAUGAAAACAGGGACAACCAACAAAAUUCAUGUAGGCAUCAAAACUCCGCCGUACACGUAUUCUGAGCAAUUUAAGAACUUGAUUUCAGCGCUGGAAUUUGGAGCCUUACCUUCUGGAGACAACGUCAUAUCAUUUAUUACUACAACCAACACUCUCGGGUCAUGUUUGAUCAUAGAUGACCUGGGCAACCCUGCACUAGGUUCUUCAAAUGGUGAAGGUAUUGGUGGAAUGGCUGGUGUUGCAUUACACCCCAUUGCAUUAGGCAAUGUCAAAACGAUCCGAAGAAUGCUAGAUACAUCACCCUUAGAACAUAUGAGGAAUAUAGAGAUAAUCGGUGUUGGAGGUGUAAAAGACAGCGCGGGAUUUAGCAGGAUGCGUAAUGUCGGUGCGUCAAUAGUGGGGGUUGGGACGGCAUUGGGAAGAGAAGGAGUAGGUAUCUUUGGGCAGAUUCUUUCUGGGGUGGCAGAAGAGCUUUGA